UUUUUCUGUCAUUCAAUUUCCCAAGCCAAGAGUUGGAGGAGGUCCGUUCCGUCCGUCUCCUAGUCUUUAUAUUUUUAUUUUUAAAAAUUAAAUUAUUUUCACCACUCCAUAAGCGAUCCUUUAUUACAAAGUUAACUUUAUGACAUUGAAAUCUUUUGUGAUGUGUAAAUAUUGAUUAUUGCUUGUGAAGUGGAACAGAGAAAGUGAAUUUAUAGUCCUUUAUUGUCAAUUUAAUAGAUUAAUUAUGAUAACGAUGUACAUCGGCACGACGUUGUUGAAGUGUUGGUAAACAGUUGUGUGCUGUGUGGUCUGGAAAGUGUUCAUUUCAUUGAAAAGUGGAGAACCGCAGGUAGCCCACGAUGCAUAUGUGGUUGUGGUCGGGGUACGACCUCGGCGAGUUCCUAUUCCCGGGGCUGGAGAUCGAUUCGCGGUGGGCCUUCGCCCUCACCUGGUUGGCGCUGUUCUUCGUUGCCAUGCUGUUUGAAGGCUCCAAGGUGUAUCUGGCCGAAGUGCAGCGCGACGCACAAAAGAAACUGUACCCAUACAGAUCAGAUGAAAGAAGAAACUUACUUUGUGAAAGGGAUCAGGGGAACCCCAUGGAACCAACAACGAGCCGCAACACUAAUCCGGUCAGUCGAUGGGCGUCUUUAAGAGUUAGGGCGCUGGUGAAUUUGCACCAAUCGGCCGUGUUCGUCACCCACAACGUGGUCGGCUACCUUCUGAUGCUGGCCGUCAUGAUAUACAACGUGCAUCUCAUACUGGCUGUCGUUUUCGGCAUGAUGGUAGGGUACUUCCUGUUCGGUACUUCACUGACAAGAUUGCAGAUGAAAUGUUUCAGCACGAAACGAGUCGUUAUCUGUACGCCGGAGUGCGAUGAUACAGCCGAAGGUUCGACACCACCGCUGCUAGACUCUAGCGCAGAGUCAGACUACUUUAUCUGUCGCACGCGCACGUGCAUCCAGCCCUCGCACUACUUCCCCGCCGCGGCCGGCGCGAGCGACCACCCCACCUGCCAUUAUGGUGCCAAAACUUGCCCCUCUAAAGUUGCCAAAGGGAAAAAAAUAAUCCCCCAACCAACCCCUUCAACUUCCCACCACGAAAGCGAAAAAGAGGACAGCCCAAGCGUAGAAGACGUACAGUUAUUACGAACAGAGAGACAAGGCUGUUGUAAAGAAAAGGUCGAAAAAUGCGGAAAAUCUAGUCAAGACACGACCGUGGUCGUACACGAACAGAAGUGCUGUAAGAAAGAGAGGGAGACGCCGGAAAGAGAGGAAAGUCCGCAAAUCACAUGCUGUCACGCCAAAGUGCCUUCUGAAAGCCAGGAACAAAUUAUGUAGCGUUGUUGACUGAAACAUUUUUAAUGUGAGUUAUGCUUCCAAAGAACGCUUACGUUUGCACAAAGUGCUUAAGUGGUGUAGAAAAUUGUUUUAUUUAUAUAUUUUUUUAAUAAAUUGAAUAAGUUUUUGACCUUACGUAUAGACUUGCUCAUGAUAAAAUUAUAGGCAAAACAUUAUUUUAGUUGUAGUUAUUUUUUUAUUUACAUGUCGACAUUUUUAGAUAGUUUCGAAUUUAUUUUUAGUGAAUUGGAGUUUAGAUAUAUAAUUAGAUGAUUAGAAAACUCUUGCCAUAUCUACGUCAGAUUUUAAUCUAUAAACUUAUAUCACAAAUUAUGUAGAAAGUAAAAAUAAUUGUAUCGUUUUUAUAUUAGUUUUAAUUUGACACUUUUGAAUUAUAAACUUUUGAAACGUGAGACGGAGUUUAAAAAUUUUGACAGCGAGGAUUUGUAUAUAUUGCAUAUUCUACCCAUACCUUUUGUGUUUAAAUUUUAUCAUCUAUAUCAAUUUAAUAUCAAUAUAUCAUAUUAUUGAUGACUGAUUGUGAAAAAAACAUUGACUGUUUUUAUACAUACAGUGAAAUAUAUUCUAUUUUUCAUGCCAGUUGCACGUGUUCCGCUGUCAAAAUGUUAAAUUCAAUCAAUGUAAAUAUAUUUCCCUUUGAGGCAGAUAUUUUUAGACUGGUGUAAUAAUUUAUCAUGAAAUGUGUUCAAUAUAUCCCUUGUUGUAUUAAUUUAUUUCAGUAUAAGCUUGUUUUGUCAACUUCUCAAAUUGUCAACUGGUUGCGGAUCGUUUUCUUUAUGUCAGUCAAAUUCUUAUAUUGUCAACGUCCCAUAUCAACUUGUUAUUUUAUUUUAACUUCUGUCUGUCUAUAAAGACUAGAAAACUGAAUUUUAACAAACUACAUUUUUUGUCAUAGCAAUAUAGCAGUGUUGCCAACCAAGGGGACAGCGCCUUUUAAAAUGUGUUAAAAAUUAUUAUCACAUUAGUAAGAAAUAAAUAUAUUUUUAAAAUUAACUUUCCACUCUUUAUAAAAUUGAUAGUAAUAAUCAAUUUAAUGUGAAUUCUUCGUAAUUUCUUCUACUUAUAAUUAAAUCGGUCAUAUUUGUAUUAAAAUGUGAUGUUGUACAAUAAUGUUACAAAUCGCAUAAUGUCAAUUAUGCAAGUUGACAAUCUAAGAAGUGACCAUACGCUUGUCAUUUUGAGAAGUUGACAAAACACGCUGAUACGUUUAUUUCGCCAUAGUAACUGCUAGAAGAAUUUAUAUAUUUUUUAUAGUAUCAUUAGUUGCUAGUGCCAAAUACGUAAAAUGACUGAUGUGGGCGUAAACGAAUAUGAGCUUUCGAACAAUAUAUACAAAGACGCCAAUUGCUUGUUUACAGGAUUUAAUUCAAUAGUAGCGACACCUUCACUGGACCAUAAGCUCGUUCCUCUGUAGGUUAUAUAAUGACUGGACAGUUGAUAUGCGAGUAUUAUCUUUAGCAAAAUUUUUGGAUGUCUGUUUACCUACCUUAUGUCUAUUGCCAUAAAGUUUAUUUUACGCCCAUACCAUAGAUCGAAAAGUUAUCUGGUAAAGAUCCAGAAUUAACAGCAGGCCUAUCAUCAACUUCUACAGUACGAUUCCAAUGCAACUCGGUUCAAUUUAGGGACCUAAAAUGAAUAGCAUUCAUAUAAAAAAUUAAGUCGAUGGUACGAAUUUGCGAUGCAGUUCAGUUUAGGUCGUAAAGUGGAUCGCGUUAAGAGAUGAUGGUAAGCCCCCUGUUUACUAAAUUACUUCCAGCCCACGUGAUAAUAAUUUUGUUACAAUAAACUAUUAAAGUUUU